AGUCAGCUGACCGCUGAUUGGCUGAGUGACCCAGCUGUAGGAGAGCGCCAGAAAACAAGCUUGAGCGGGUGAUGUUGGAUUCUCCAAGGAGUAGUAUAGCUGAACAGGAGUCUGAAGAAAGGAUUUGAGAAGGACUGCCUGCUUCUUUCUGAAGAGGGAAAUAAACUGCUAUGUCGGUCUGAAGGAGCGGCGCCCUGACAAGUGUGUAAAACGGGGACGCAGAGCCACACUUGACGAUUUCAUUCAUUCAACAGCGAAGGUAAAGAGUGGUGAUUUCCCUCCGGAGGGUUUCUGCAACACAGCUAUAACAGUGUCCCUGGCUAGAUGGAGGUUCAAUGCCUCGCACUGAAAGACCUCUCAAGUCCAAGGAAGAGUUCAACGGUGGUGCCGGAGGAGGAGGAUGGGGCUCGCGGGGAACAAAAGGAGAACAUGUGUGCAGAGAAGAGAAAAUCAACACCGCUAAAAUCUGCAGAGUCCACCCUUCCUACUUUGCUGAUCAACAGAAAAGGUGCUCCCUCUGAGCUCGCCCACAUUACCCCCAUCAAACACACGUCUCUGACCGAACCCUGGACACCAACGGCUAACCUGAAGAUGCUGAUCAGCGCGGCGAGCCCAGACAUCCGGGACAGAGAGAUGAAAAAGGUGCUGUUUAGACCAAUAGAGAAUGAUAAAGACCAGCCAGCGAGCCCAGAUAAUGUGGUGGAGGAUCCAGAGGUGGAAGAUUCUUGUCAGUUUGAAGCCGCUGAUGAAGAGGACGAUGCAGAGAAAAAGCCGAGCAGAAAGCAGAAAAGUCUGGGUCUGCUUUGCCAGAAGUUCCUUGCCCUUUAUCCUGAUUACCCACCGCUUCACAGCCCCAUCUGGAUCUCGCUGGAUGAAGUGGCAGCCAAUCUGGGGGUGGAACGGCGGCGGAUCUACGACAUCGUGAAUGUGUUGGAGUCCCUGACGAUUGUGGGGCGGAUAGCCAAAAACAGCUACACCUGGUACGGUCGUCAGCGGCUGGAAGCCACCCUGGAGGAGCUGCAGUGUGAGGGCCGACAGCAGGGCUACCACCUCCAGAUGGAGCAGGCCAACGAGGCCAGGGAGACCGGACCGGGCCGAGAGGAUGACGGGGGGGAAGGAGAUGCUGGAAGCGCCGGUAGCAACAGGAAAGACAAAUCUCUGCGCAUCAUGAGCCAGAAGUUUGUCAUGCUUUUCCUGGUGUCCAAAACUCAGACUGUUACCCUGGAUGCAGCAGCAAAGGUCCUCAUCGAGGAGAGUCAGGACUCAUCAAGUCACAGCAAGUACAAAACUAAGGUGCGGCGUCUGUAUGAUAUUGCCAACGUGCUGACCAGCCUCAGCCUCAUAAAGAAGGUUCAUGUCAGAGAGGAGAGGGGCAGAAAGCCGGCCUUCAAGUGGCUCGGCCCGGUUGAAUUCAGCAGCUCUGUGAAUGCUGGAAACACUUUGAAUGUAGCAGCCAUCGCUUCAUCUGAGUCUGCACAGCCAGGACAGGAGCUCAGAAAAGCAAAAAUGGCACGUCAUGCCUCCUUCAGCAUCACGCCAACAUCUGUUGCAGUCCAGCGGCAGGUCAGCUCCGCACCCAGCAGCCCGAGACGUGAAGUAACCGCCCUGCAAAACCAGCCUGUGGAUUAUUCCAGAAGGACUACAAGCAACAGUGCAGCGUGUCAGCUGCAGUUUGGAAGUAAUGCUGACAACCGACCCGGCACACCACCGCAGACUCGGCUCAUGCACAACAGCAGUACUGCCCUUUCCCCGUCCUCCACCCUUCUGGCACCACUCCCCCACCCGGAGCACCUGUUUGUUGCUUCCCCGUCUUCCCAUUGCUUGGCCUACUUGCCCAGCCUGUCCCAACCCUCCGUGGUCAUGCUGUACAGACCGCCAGAAACGCCAAACCAGAUGCUUGAAGGUCACACCUCACCCAGGUUGGAGGCAACGAAGAGGAAGAAGGAAGAAAGAGAGGAGGAGGAGAUGGUACUUAAAAAGAAGGGAAAUUCUGCGUUAGAGAAAUGUGAAAAGACUCGAGCUGAAGCUUGCAGGGAAACAGCAGAGUGCUCGCAAGCUGGUGCAGCAGCAGCAGGCCUCUGCAGAGAGCAGGUGAUCGGCGAGAGUGGGGGUGGCAACACCAGCAGUGAGCACGCUCAGCCGUCGCACUACCUUUAUGUCCCCAACAAUGCAGGAUUAAAUGGCCUCAACUUCCUGCUCUCAGCUGGACAACCAGCGGCCAGUCUAGCACUUCCUCCCAGCAGUGUUCCCACCUUGGCACUGCCCUAUGUCCUGGUACCAUCUGCUGCCCUCUCCCAUUACCCCCUGGUGGCCGGCAGUCUACAGCAGCAAGGCUCUGAUGCUCACACAAAACUGAGCUUUGGUCUGCCUGCCAUGAUGUCACCUGCCCACUUCAUGGUGGGGGGGGCGCCGUAUAGUGUGGUGCCGGUUCCACCGCCGUCCACUCCAGAACAGAGCGGGCUUUACAGGUCGUCAGCUGGCACGCCACAUUCUCCCUCGAGACCACGACAGACCAUCAGCAUCAACACGCCAGAACCACUGACUCCACAUACGCCCAAGGAAACCCCAGCAUCUUCUUCAAAGGCUUUCUUUCAGACCCCGGGCACUCUGGGAAGUGUAGUCAGUUCUGCGCCAGCUGUCCGAAAAAGGGGAUCAGCACAGAGGAGACUCGACAUUGGCCACCAUCCAACCAGCUGAAGAGACGGGAGCUUGUGUUGAACGCGCCGUCUUAAAAAUUGAGGACGGUGAACCGAAAAUGAAACAAAGAAUAUGGUUUUAAACCUUUGGUGCUAUGUUUCUAAAGAUAAAUUAAGAACUUUCCAAGAGUAUCGAAUGUUUUCUUGUAAAUCCUGGAGAGUCUCAUAUUUUGCUAAUUGACUGAGUUUUAUGAAAGGGGUGUCACACUGUGAAAUCAGACACUCAAAACUAUCGAGACGUCCUCAAGGUUAGGUUUAAGAGUAAGGCAGUAUUACCAAUGCAACAGUGCCCUCCUGUGAUGGGAGCCGGUCACAGCUGCAUUUUAUGUUUCCUCCUAGAAUGAUCAAGCUACCUAUUUACAAGGGCUGUAACGAUUAUCCAAAAGCACAUUUCAUUUUAUGCUUUUCAUACAUACAUACAUACAUAAUAUUAUUUUAAAGGGGACAAAUAACCAGAAACAGUCUUUUAAUGUUACAGCUUUCACCACACUGCCACACUUCAGGCAUUAACUUCUCUGCAUGGGUAUCACAGCACAGGAAAACGGGCAUGCAACACGGCAUCGCCGAUGAUUCGAUCACUGUUUCGAGUUUUGCUUUGUAAUCGUUACACCCUUGCUAAUUCUUCACCCUUUGUUGUAGCCCAGUUGCUAUUUAUAUCUUAGUGAAAAUAUGUCGAUUACAGGGUCUGUAAUGAAACAUUAAGUUUUUAGCACUAAGUAUUUGAAGAAUGUACCCGUAAUUUUGUAGUAAUCGGCCCAUUCAGAUUUAGAUACACGAAAACAGGUGUAAAAGGACACGUGUGAGCUGCUGAACGCCGGUUUACAAUGAUGGUGGUUGGACAAUCCUUCCAUUCUAGACAUUAAGAAAAUGAUCACUAAAGCCUUAAACGUUUACAGCCAGACAAGUAUCUGAAGGAACAGUUGUUAUAUUUCUCGAUGCUUACGGGUGGUUUCGUGUUCUCGUCAGGAAGACGUACCCGGCUGGUGCUAUGUGCAUUCUUAUGUGUAACCACUGUUACUGAGUGCUGAAAGACAAUGUGGCAAUUCUCUCAGGUACUUGAAUACUAGUGACUGUGCUACAGUUGGAUUGGGAAAAGUAUCAGAGUACUGUAAAGUGUUUUUCCUCCUUUGUUUAUACAGGGAAACUAGUGCCUUAGUUAACGGGGCAUGUUGCUAAGAGAACAUCGUUGUUGCCUCAAAACAGAUUUUCUCAGGUUGUCAGUGAACGAGGCCCAGACAACCCAAUAGUAGGAGUUAUUCAGGAGAGCUUAGCUAUGUCACGCCAAAGGCUGUACAGAUAAUCCACUCUAACCAGUGGGUGUGUCGUUUAUGUCAAUAUUUUUAAUGACUUAUCCAUAGUGUCAUUUACAGUGUUUGUCUUUGUCCUGAUUUUAAAAAUAAUGGUUAUUGCACGGUUCUUUUAGGAGCUGCAACAGCUGGAAACUCAUUGCUGUUCUUUCAUUGUAACUCUGCACACACGAUGUAGUUCAGAGCCAAACAUUUCUGUGUGACUUGAAACAAAAUAAAUGAUUCAGACCAGC